AUGGUGACGUGGGGUAAGCGCCGGCAGGUUCGGUACCUGCGCAGGCACGAGCCUUCACCGAGCUCUAGUACUGACGAAGAAGAAGAGAAGGGGAAGGAGCUAACAGAGCUAGAGGAAAAUGGUGAUGAUUUCUAUGUGGAUGAUGAGAAAGCAAUAACUGUGAUAGAGGAAGAUGAUGAUAUUGAAGAAGAAGAAGAAGAUGUGAAAACAGAGGACGAGGCUCCUCCUGUUGUGCCCUGGAAGAUGAACCUUAGGAGUAGGAAGAGGAAGCGCCAAGAUCACCAUAGAAGGCCCAAGAAAACCACAAAUAAAUCAAAAUCUAUAACAAAACGUCAAAAGCAGAAUCAAGUUGUAGCAGUUCCCGAUCGGAGUAACAAGAAAUUGGUAAAACACACAGUGGCAAGAUGGUCUGCAGGGAGGUACAAGGCUGCAGAAGAAAACAUGCUGAGGGUGAUGAAGGCCAAGGGUGCUAAAUUUGGGAGCCCAAUGCUGAGGCCAGCGCUGAGGUCUGAGGCAAGGAAGCUGAUUGGGGAUACGGGUUUGUUGGACCAUUUGCUCAAACACAUGGCGGGCAAGGUGGCGCCAGGUGGAGCCGAGAGGUUUAGGCGGCGCCACAACGCAGAUGGAGCCAUGGAGUAUUGGCUGGAGAAUGCUGAUCUGUUUGAUAUCAGAAAACAAGCUGGGGUUGAAGACCCUUAUUGGACCCCACCACCUGGGUGGGAGCCUGGUCAUGAUCCCACUCGAGACCCCAUUUGUAUCAAAGAGAUUCAUGAGCUCAAGGAAGAGAUAACCAAGAUAAAAAGGGUGCUUCAUGUGUCCAGGAAUAAAGAAGAUAAUCUAGCUAUAGUGACCACGUCAAAUUCUUGUUUGACAAGUCUUGACUGGGAACAUGAUGGUUCAUUGAUCCACCAAAAGGAGUAUGCAGUACUGCUAACAAUGCAGCAAAAUAAGAUUAGAGAACAACUUAUGGAAAUGUCUCAAUCUCUGUCUCAAAUGGAGGAGGAGCAUGCAGAGCAAAUCGUUAAGAAAACUAAGAUGGAAGAACAACUAAUGGAUGUUUCUCAAUCUUUGUCUGAAAUGAAGGAACAAAUUGGGAUCCUGAAAUCAAGCAGGGAAGAACCACUAAGUAUCUCAGAUGCAGCACGGCCAUCAGACACUGAUCAAAGAGCAGCGACAAAAUCAAAGGGUGGGGAGCAAGAAGAAGAAGAAGAUAAGCUUGAAGGAGGAGACAAUAAUGCAGCAGCCACAGCAACUCACGAGGACAAGGCAGCCAAAAUACAGAGACUGAGGAGUGGUUUCAGGAUAUGCAGGCCACAAGGGUCCUUUCUGUGGCCAAACAUGGGCAUUUCUACCCCACCCUCAGCCUCCUCAUCCUCAGCCACCCACUUCAUCCCUAUACCUCCUCAGCCUCAGUCUGGGUCUCCUGUCAAGCCUGUAGCUGAGAGGCGCCCAGUCAACACCGCCACUUUAUGCAAAGUGAGCUAUAAACCCUCUGCCUCUCCUAUUUUUCUUCCACCUGGGCCCCCCUCCAAGAGAAGUGUCACCGUCACCAACACCCUCCUCAUCAACCUUAAUGAGCUCCCCAACUCUAACCCUAAUAACGUCCAAAACGCCUCUGAAACUAGCACUGCAUUGUCUAGGACCCUCACCUACCAGAGAAGACACCAUCAUCAUCAAUAUCCACGUAUGUUGAAGGCUAAGACAGAGGACGGGGAAGAUGGAAAUGCAAGCAAUGAGUCUUCUAAGCAGCAGCAGCAUGAUGAGCCGACAAGGUGGUGCUCUUCUUCAUCUCCUUCUACUACUGCCAGUGCCACGUGGAUGGGACAGAAAUGGUGGCUUGAUAUGGCAACUCCUAGCCCUUCUGUGGACAACUCUACCAAGGGUUGA